CUGCUCCUACUGCGUGCUUAGUUGGAAACAAAGAUGGCUGAUGAAGAGGUAGUUGAAACUUCUCCUGGAAUUCUUCGGGAAAUUUUCACAUCCCCGUUGAAUUUGAGUUUGUUAUGCCUUUGCUUAUUUCUGUUGUACAAAAUCAUUCGUGGGGAUAAACCACCAGACAUGGGUGAGGUCGAGGAACCAUUGCCGAAAUUAAAAAGAAGAGAUUUCAUAUUGCCAGAGUUAAAAGAAUAUGAUGGAUCGUCAAACCCAAGGAUUCUCAUGGCUGUGAAUGGUAAAGUGUUUGAUGUAACGAGAGGAAAGAAGUUUUACGGACCAGAGGGACCGUAUGGGGUGUUUGCUGGCCGGGAUGCGUCUCGAGGUUUGGCCACAUUCAACCUGGAGAAGGAGGCACUGAAGGACGCCCAUGAUGACCUCUCGGACCUGAACAGCAUGCAGCAGGAGAGUCUAAGCGAGUGGGAGGGCCAGUUUACUCAGAAGUACGACUACGUGGGCAAGCUUCUGAAGCCAGGGGAGGAGCCGACGGAGUACACCGACGAUGAGGAGGUCAAGGAGGUCAAGGACAAGAAGGAGGAUUGAACAACAACAGUUUCAUUCAUUUUGUGUGUAACAUGUAUUUCAUGACCAAACUAAGCGCAUGGGCCUGGCUUGUUUUAAAAAGUCUUGCUCAUCUCUGCUGUAGUGUGUUUGAUUAGAGGCUGACCUCACUAUCUCACUCCUAUCUAUAUUCCCCACGCAUUCACUCGUUAACUAUGCUGUGUGCUAAGUCUGGUACUGAGCAGGUGACCCAAAGCAACUGCCAGCACAGUCAAGAUGUCUUUUAAUCAGGAUCUGGCCCUCCAUAAGGGGCAGCACUAUCAUAACCCACGGCCUUCCCAGUUAGCGGCUAACUCAGGAAACGAUCUGACCCUGCUCUGGUGCAAACCUGUUCCAGGGGCAGCUUCUUAGUGGGCUAUGUCUACAGAAAUCACACUAUCUUUAAGGAAAUCAGUAACAGUUACUUCUUAAAUGAGCUGAAGAAGCUCUAUAGAAAAUGAUGAAUGUAGAAUGUCACUACUAAGUCCCCAUGGAGAGAGAGACAGAGAUGCAAGACCCAUUGAUCUCCGCCUGGGGGACUGAUGCAUGCUCCCGACAAUCUAUAAUCUUUGAGCCCCAUCUGAACAGUAACAAUCAAGUGCAGACGGACAAUAAAGCCAGAUGAAAAAAGGGGCAUUCUUCUAGCUUUUGAAGUUGAACAUUUAAAAACACAUCUAGGCCUACAAUGACAAUACAAAUGUGGAAGGAGAGAUAUCCGUUCACCUUUAUUCUAUGUCUCUGGUGGGAAACGGCAUUAAAUACCUGGAUUACAUGGAAUGCCGGAGAUAUUGGGUAUCUUAAUCACAAACUUAAAAUAUGUUAGUGUAGGCCUAGGUAUGUGUUGAACUGUUUGACAUCAGAGUACGUUCUGCACCCCUUGUCCUCUUGUGUAAUGAAAGCAGAAGGAGGAACCCAGACUUGCCUUAACCAAGCUGCCAUCUUGUCUCACUUACAUAUGCCAUAUGCAACAUGCCUCUGUCUGCCCGUCAGUCAGUCAUUUCCAAGCACUGGACCAAUUCUGCUCACUUAUAAACACCAAUUGCCUUUUAUGAAAGACACUGUAGAACAUUUUGCAUUUUGGAUUACGUAUUCAUGGACGCCUCUCGUGAUUUUUUUUGUUUGUUUUGUUUUUUUGUAUCACUUUAAUUUUGUUCUGUAUGUGGAGGGAUCUGGCGUAUGUCUUUAACCUCUUUAACCAUUGUUAUCUACCGAUGCAUGGAUACCAAUAUAUGUGUACCACAAAUAAUAUUUUCUUGGGUAAAGAGUUUUUAUCGAGUCAUGAUUGACUGAAUCUUAACAUUCCAUUGGAGAGCUUUGUGUGUGUGUUUACUGCUGCUGUUGCCGCUGAGGGGCUCUUCGCCAGCGCUGGGUUGGACAACAUUAAACAACCUAAACUCAAAA